AUGGAGCAGUGUCUGACAUACCCGGAAAUGAAUGGCGUAAGUCCGAAGCUAUCGGGCUCUCUCUUGUUUGCCGUGUUAAUACUUACUUUCCAUUUUAGCUCGAUAUGGAAUUGUUUGCGGCGAAAAAGAAACUUUUUUCGUGGAGAUUGGAUGACUGGGAAGAGGAGGAAAGACAGGAAGAUGAAACCUUCGAUUACGCUAAAUCAAUUGAACAAUGUCAGAUGAAUCUGAGAGAUGCCAUUCGCACAUCUGCGCAGAAAUCGGCGUUGAUGAGAUAUAUGAAACUGAAGGAAUUGAGGAGGGAAACCACUGUUCAAGGCCCUGUACCCCCGCCUCGAAUCAGUGUGAUGGGUGAGACUUCGCAGCCGUCGAAGUCUCCCCGUCCAUGUUCGCCGGUGAGUGUCCAUCCUUGUCAUUCGUGGCCUCCUCAUCCUCGUUUCCUCCCAACUACAGAGUCAGCUCCAGCUCCAUGUUCCUGUAAGGUUGGAAAAGCAACAAGAAGGCCCACAAAUGUGACGGAGCAAUGCCCAGUCACGCUUAAAUCAAGACAAAGUUCGAUGAAGGCCAUAAGAAUGGGAUAUGACACAUUUAAGUUGCCAGUAAGCGACUGGAUGACAAAAAAAAAUUUUUUUUAGCAAUUUGAAAUUUUGAAGCUGAUGAUCAACAAUACGAACUCGCAUCUGCCCAUUCAUCAAUCAACUUACAGGAAGAAACAACAACAACGAAGGAUAAAUCUGAGACGUCGGAAUAUGCCUUCUUUUGAGUUCGGGGUCUUUCAUGCCGAGGCUAAAUGCAACCUGACUUCGGGCAUUAAAUCUCACCUAAGUUCGUCAGAACCCUUCCGAAAGACUCUCAACCCAAAAGAGUUUAAUUCGGUUUGUUAAUCCACUUCUGAUUACUUUCACAUUCUGAUUACAGUACAUUACUUUUCUUGAUUCCAUCCCCCAUAGGCAAUGUAAAUUAAAUUCAACUUUGUUACAAUGUGAGCGAUGUUGGUGGACUGGCUUCUGCCCCAAAAUUAAAAAGAAUUGUAACCUGAGGCGAUGGCAACGGCUAAGAAAGAUCGAUCCCAAGGCUUUUGUGGAGAAGGAUGCGGAAUUACAGGCCAUAUUCAAGAAGAUUGGAUGGGCUUCAUAUUUGAGUAGGGCAGUUUACUGAUUACAAAAAGUUUCAGCGAAAGUGAAAAAAACGAACGAAAGGAUGUGUUCGCUGAGUACUCGGAGAUCCAGCGAGAUGAUUCAUGUUGAAGAAAAUCGUAAACGGAAGAAAGCCCCUUCUUCGGCAUUGUUGUUUAAAAGAGAAAAUCACCGUAAUAAGCUCCGAGAGGCCCCUUCAAUUUCUGAUUGGAUUCUGACUCGUAGCACUCAUCGGGCCUUGCUUCGAAACCGUCAUUUGUUUAAUGCUGCUGUGACAGUGUGA